AUGACUUUGCAAGCCUUUCAUGGCAACGAAGUACCAGAAGGUCUCGCGCGCAAUCCAGAUCAUGAAGACAGCAUUGAAGAAAUGGCAAGCAUGCUAUUAGACGACACUACCAUUGACCAGCUCAAGGCUGAUCCAGGCAAGCGGCUUUCCCAAGUCAGUCUUUCAGCAAUUGUCAAUGACGACAAUGAGCUGCCCCAAUAUGAGUCCUCCCUUUGGAGUGCAGAAAAUACGGUUUGGAUUAGGCAUUCCUCGCCCGCUCCCCCAGCCUCAAGCUUGCAACCAAUCGGAUACGACAGUUCUGAGGACGAACUCAAUACCUUCCCUCCCCCCAUUGCUGACAAGCGAGCAGCCGCGCACCUUCGCAAGACUUCUGCCCCGGAUAUUCCACGCAGAUCUUCAAAGCGCAAGUCGGGUCGCUACAAGAGUUCCUUGUCAAGCCCCCAAAAGGUCAUUGGUCACUCGCGUAACUCUUCUUCGGCUAACCGCCUUUCGAAGAACGUCAACGACAACCAAGACAAAAUCAUGAAUAUGGCUACUCCAGCACACGCUUCAAGUCCUUGUGACGCUGUGGCUCUCACUGACAAGCUCCAGGCAGCUUUCGCAGCUGGUAUUUUGCAGAUGCCUGCGACCCAGUCAGUACCUACUGAACCUACAACUGAACCUUCCAGUGCAACUAAGAAGCCUCGUCACAUUCAAGUUCUCAGCAUGGUGAGGGCAGCCUUCCGUGGUUCUAGACAUGGCAAGAAGUCUCCUGAUCCGGUUCGUGGUGACCGUCUUCUCAACUCGCCAAACAUCGGUUCCCCGGGAAUGGAAGAUGAAGCAACGCUGGCAUCUAUGACAAGCAGCCUUGAAAUCCGACUUAACGAGGGUAUGUAUUCAUAUUGUAUUUCUAAUUGAUCGACUCAUUCUGACAAGCAAUAGGAGAGAAUCUCAAAAACCAUCAUAAACUCAAGAAAAUCACGGGUCAUGGAACUAUCGAACGUAAGCCAGUUGCCGACGAUGGGAAGUCCUUGAGAAGUCGACAAUCCCAUGACCGAGAUGAUCCAUUCUCUGAAAACCCUUCCCAUGGUCAAAGGAGAUUGGUGACUAGCUUCGAGAAUAGGUUGAAAUCAGAUGUGGCAAUGAGUGGUGGCCAAUCUAACGAGACGAUUCCUGAUGUUCCCAAAAUCCCUCGAAGCAUGACCACUCUGUCACUCUUGAGAGGAACUCAGUCUUUGCAUGCAGCAUCCGAAUCAGACUUUGACACGCUGCUCUCAUCCAGUCCAGAAGGCCAGUCAACCCCCCGAAUGAGAUUGGAGCCUCGAUUUGGAGAAGAUGGGAAGAAGACACUCAAGAUUGCACCCAACGAAGCCCCUUCGGUGUUUGAUCCCGACAUGACAAUGGGAGGACAUUGUGAUGAACCCCAUCCAGAACUUCGAUUCCAACGAUCUCAAAACUUUGAGCCAGAAUCUCGCACAGACUUUGUCGAGGUGAUGAAUAGACUUGGCCUUUUGGAAGGUGCAUCGGAGCCACGCGCGCAGGCAAAUGGUUUAGGCGUUCCAGACAUCACACUACAAUCCCCCACUGCACGUCCCAGCCGUCGAUCUUCCGUACGAGUAGUUCGCUGUAAGAAGCAUCCAUCUCCCAACAAGAAUGAACUGGAACUUCUAGAGAGCAGUUUAUCCAUCAUCCUCUUGCAGCAACGGCAGCAACGCUCCGCUAAUGUCGAUCAGUCUCCAACACGACCUACAAGACACCUGAUCGACGAAGUUGUGAGUGUUGGCACAAACUCGAGAGCACCAGAUACUUUGAGUAGAAGCGAGAUCUCCCGUGCUAUGGACUCGACUACCAAUCUGGCCAGACUGUCCCACCAACGCUUUUCGAGUUUGUCCGGGUUUUCCAAUGACCACUCUCGACGAAGUAGCACCCUAUCGGACAGUCGCAUGGAUAUGGAUGAGCUGCAAUCGGAGAGUUCUGCUUACAAGGUCUGAUAAGCUAUCAACUCUGCCUACCUCUGUGGAUUAGUUUUUACAAUCUGUGGGUUUGAUGCUUUUCCAGAUGUUCGUCAUGUGCUGCUCAGCUCGGGAGUACCGCUUGAUGGGCAGCCUUUUCCCCUUCGUUUUCUUCCGGAAUGCUUGUACUAUGUUCAAGUCAGUCUCUUUGCUCUCGCUUUUCAUUGCUUCUUUUCUUCUCCGCUCUUCCUCGUGCGGUUCCACGUCUGGUGUUUGGCGUCCAUCUUCCUUAAAUACGAAAUUUGUCGUUCUCGGAGCCAGAGCAGGAUGAUUACAACCAAAUUACAGUACAGGAGAUUAAUACACAUACAGUACGAUACGAUACAUGAGAGUAGAAUAAUAUGCAGUUGUAGACGCGUCAGGG